AUGGACGGGGCCAAGCCAACGGCGGCGGCGGGUGGGAAGCAGGAGCUGGAAGACGCGCUGCUCCAGAUCAUGCAACAGCACCACCACCAAUCCUUCCACCAACGCCAGCAGACUGAGAGAGCGAAGAAGGACGCUUUGAGAAGCGCGGCGCGGGUAGCGGAUCUCCUCGUGGACACGGUCGACGACGGCGAGGUGCAGGAGCUCUUCGUCAACGAGAAGCGCGUCGAGCUUGAGGCCCGCGCGCUGCUCGGUACCAUCGCGCGCUACAGGAAGCAGUCGGAUCAGUGGCUCGCUGCCACUAACGAGAUCAACUCAGUCUUGAAGGCGGAGCAGUUAGAGUUAUCCACCCUAAUGGUUGUUGAGAUAAACAAUGUCAAGCAGCAGGAGCAUAAGCGGUAUAAAUACCGUUUAGGAACUGUUUUUCCUUAUCUGUCCACUGGAUCCAGCAAGGGGGCUGAUGUUGCUCAUCUUCACCAUCACUGCACUGAAAUCGGUGAAGAAUUUGGCCAUGUUUGA